AUGUGUCUAUCAGCAAAAGGUGACAAAUUGAACACGGAGCAAUGUCCCAUAAAUGAAGUUGAAAAAGGUUCCAUGACAAACAUACGCUAUGCUUCAGCAGUAGGGAGUUUGAUGUAUGCACAGGUUUGUACUCGUCCUGACAUAGCAUUUACUGUAGGUGUGUUGGGUAGAUUCCAAUCCAAUGCCAGCUUGGCUCAUUGGACGGCUGCCAAGAAGGUCAUGCGAUAUUUGCAAAGAACCAAAGACCCUAUGCUUGUAUACCACAGGUGUGAUCAGCUUGAGGUAGUGGGGUAUUCGGAUUCAGAUUAUGGUGGGUGUAUUGAUGAUCUAAAGUCUACUUCAGGUUACAUUUUUAUGUUGGCAGGGGGUGCCAUUUCUUGGAGGAGCGCAAAGCAAACUAUUUUGGCUUCAUCCACUAUGCAGGCGGAGUUUGUAGCGCUUUAUGAGGCUACCAAACAAGCUGUGUGA